ACCAGAUUUGAGCUUAAUCGGUCUUCGAACUGAAUUUAUUUAGUCAGUAACCGAAAAGGCCGCGUGUGCAUUAGAUCUGUAAAAAAAAUCAUACAGUACGCAAUAUCGCGAGACAAAUUUUUGUAAGCUGAAACGUUGAAAUUCGCAUAAUGUUAAUAAAAUACUUGUGUUACAAUUCGCUUGUGAUUUUACUGUUAUUAUUGCUAAAUUUGCCGACGCAUCCUUGUCGCCAACAACAUCCGCAAUUCUUUUUAUUACGCAGUAUUCCCGGUUUUCCGACCGCUCUCAUUCCUAAUGAUGAAUUGUAUGAGAAUACAUUGGAGAGUUUACAGUGGCUGGUGCCAAUGGACAUUCGACAAUUUAACAUUUUCUCACCGCAAUCUUCGUAUCAGAUUAACUUGCGAUAUCGCAACAGUAGCUCAGUAAAGCGCUACCCCGGUUAUCAGUUGUGGAAGAUACAUGAAAACAAUAUCGAAAAUAAAGUUCUCCGAACGUUUUGGAGACUUUUCGCCACGGAGGUAUGGAAUGUAAAUCAAGAUGGUAUCGAUGUAUUAAUUGACUACAAGAAUACGGCUAGAGCCAAAGACUUCAUAGCGAAAACAAAUUUUACCUACAACAUAAUGAUCGACGAUAUUGAAACGGCGAUUGAUGAGACUUAUACGGAAGUGAAUAACAGUAAUGCAAAUAUGCCGUGGUUAGAUAGAGACAGUACAAUAUUAAAUUGGAAUCGCUAUCACGAUAUUGGUGACAUACAACAGUUUUUGCAGCACAUUUUGGAAACUUAUCCGGAUUUGGCGGAGAUAGUGCAAAUCGGUGUGACGCAUCACAAACGAUCGUUGGAAGUGCUGCGCAUCUCUAACGGCAACCCCAAGAACUGGGCUGUCUUCAUUGACGCCGGAACGCAGGCACGCGAUUGGCUGAGCCCCGCCGCGCUUACACUCGCCAUUUCGAAGCUAACCUGGUUGUGGGAUAAGGAGUCGUCUUUUAUGCGUAGCAUCGAUUGGUAUUUCUUGCCAGUGGCGAACCCGGAUGGUUAUCAGUACUCGCGCAUCACCGAUCGUCUCUGGACGAAGAACCGUUAUUUCGAUAGUCAAACCGGUUGUUAUGGCGUCAAUUUGAAUCGCAACUACGACUAUCAGUGGGGUGGUGCGGGGUCAUCUGAAAAUCCCUGCAAGAAUCUGUUCAGAGGUCCCAAAAAAUUCUCCGAACCGGAAACGAAGGCCAUACGAACCUUCAUGCAUAAUAUGCGAGAAUUUCUAGGCGCAUAUGUUUCGUUCGGCGCCUAUGGCCAGGCCAUCGCUUAUCCAUGGGGUGAUGCGGACUUCGUGACGGACAACCAGCGCAAACUGCACAAUGUAGCGCGACGUGCAAUGUUGAAUUUCCGCAAAUUGAAUCAAGCCGAAUAUCGUGUAGGCACUAGCUAUCGGCUGAAAUUGGCACGCGCUGGCAACUCGGUCGACUGGGUGCAGCAGCGCAUUAAUCCCCAAUACGUUUACAAUGUAUUUCUGAAGGACCAAGGGCGCUAUGGGUACUUGAUGCCACCGCAUUACAUUGUCGAAUCGGGCGAGGAGGCAUACGAAUUUAUGAGGACAAUAGCGGCGGCGCUGAAUUAAAGUCGAGCCAAAGAGUGAAUGCCACAAAUCCAUGUGGUUGUAAAGGAAUGGAAAAAGAGAAAAACGGAGCCAGAAAAAAAAAACGAGAAAUGUAUAGCACCAUUUGAAAAUUUUAAACUCUCACAAAAACAAAAAAGUAUUUAAACAAAGUUUAGCAGACGCUUUUAACUUUUUUUCAGGCGAAGUUAGGUUUAAGCAAACACGUAUUUCGUAAACAUUUAUUAUUUAAGCUUAUUUAUUUAUAAAUUUUAGUGUAUGGAAAAUAUGAAC